AUGACGACCGGCACCUUCAAAUACAUUGACCCCGCCUCCUACGAUCCCCAUGCCACCGAGCCAUUCAAAAAGCCAUGGGGCAAGGUCGACGGGCCAGGCUCUUCCUUCAAACUGCUAGACAAGUCCCGGUCCGUGGAGAACCUCCGCGGUCAAGAGAGUCAAUUCUCGACCGACAACAGCGGAUUCGCCGUCUAUAACAGCCCCGCACAAGAGAAACAGUUCACAGACCUGUCCGUCGUAACGACGAAAUACUACCAUGAAGUGGAGGAGCUCCUCCGAUCCAAGCUCCCGGGUAUCAAGAAAGUCGUCAUCUUCGACCACACGAUCCGGCGACGACAAGAAGGGUCCGCGCGCGCUCCCGUGCAGCUCGUCCACGUAGACCAAACGCCGUCUGCGGCGGAAGUGCGCGUGCGUCGACACGUCCCCUCCGACGAGGCAGAGGAUCUGUUGAAGGGACGCUAUCAAAUCAUCAACGUCUGGCGACCCAUCCAGAACCUGGCGUCCGAUUUCCCGCUGGCGGUCAUCGAUUGGCGAUCUUCUGAUGCGUCCGAUUUCGUAAAAGUCGAUCUACUCUAUCCCAACGAGACCGCCGAUGCAGCAGCGGGAGAGGAACGAGCGCAGAAGCCGGACUCGGGAGACUCGACGGAGGGCUACACGGUCAAGGGCGAGACGUAUUCGAUCGCGCCGAAUGAGAAACAUCGCUUUUACUAUAUGAAGGAUAUGACGCCUGAGGAGGUCAUGUUUAUCAAGUGUUUCGACUCGAGGAGCAGUCUUAUGACUGAGGGGAAGACGGAUAUUGCGCACGGGGCGGCUCAUACGGCGUUUGUGGAUCCUCAGACACCGAAGGAGGCGCCGCCGAGGCAGAGUAUCGAGGUUAGAUGUUUGGUUUUCUAUGAGUAG